AUGUCAAUUAUAGAUUAAAUUGAUUUGAGUUUAGAAAAAGCAAGUAGCCUUUAGUAAAAACGUUUUGAGGCAGAGGAAUCUAAAUAAAAAUCUCUAAAUUAUGAGCUCAAUUAAUUAAGAAGUUAAUUCGACGAAAGUUUAGAGGAUUAAGAUGAAGGUAUGACUCCAGAGAGAAGUCAUAGUUAAAAUUUUAGUUAAUCACAAUAUUCCCCAUUAAGAAAUGAUAUAAAACAAUUAGAAUUAUAAAAGUAAUUACUUCAAUCAUCAGAACGUAAAUUAUAGGAAGAAGUAGACGAUUCAGAUAAUGAUGAUAAUUAAGAAUAGAUAUAUCCGAAAUAUGAAAAAAAUAAUUUAAAAUCAACUUAAUAAGAAUAUCCUCAUUAAAAACAAUUUUAGUAUUAAGGCAAAAAAGAUAAUAGAUCAUAAAAAGAUGGUAUUUCUAAAACGAGAUCUAAAAAGUAUUAAAAAGAAAAUACUUAAGUUAAAAAAGAUCUUUAAUAGAAGACACAAAAAUAUAUUCCGAAAACAACAGAAAUUAUUACAACAACAAUAGAAAGAAGAAACGAAAAAGAAAAUAAUUAUGUAAUUUAGGAUCAGAGACCUGAAUAUCAAAAAUUGAAAUAGCAUAUAAAAUCAGUCAAAGAGUAGGUUUCUCAUCAACUAAUUAAAAAUGAAAAAAUAAAAUAAGAAACUCAAUAAAAUGAAGAAAAAUAGUAUAAAAUAAGAGGGUAUAGAGAUUAAGCUGAAAUUAAAUAUUUUGGGUAAUAAUUGAAAAUUAUCUUUUUAGACGUCCUCUACCAUGUAAUGAAUGUGUAUUUUUAUUAAAUAAAGGAAUGAGUUCUGACUAUUGCUCUUAACAUGGUAAAAUGAACAAAGAAAGACCUCCAAAUAAAACAUUACCAAAAAGAUUAGCUAAGUUUUUUUGA